UAUCCCUCUCCUCCCUUCCUAAAACCCUGCAUAACUCCCGCCGAAGAGCUCCUCAAUCAACAAUGGCGUCCAGGCGUAUUCGUGCUUUCAAGCGAUGGAUGUCCUCAAAUGAGAUUGAGUUCAGCGACGCUCUAGAAUUUGUCGAAACAGAAAACUCUGGAAUUUGCGUCAAAUCAAAGUGCGAUCUCAAUGAAGGAGAUUUAAUUGCUACAAUCCCUAAAAAUUCUUGCUUGACGAUUCGAACUUCUGGCGCUUCCGAUUUGAUUGCAGGUUAUGAUUUGGAUGGAUGCUUAGGACUCUGUGUUGCGGUUAUGUAUGAGAGAACUUUGGGUUUGAUGUCUCCUUGGGCUGGCUAUCUUCAAAUUUUGCCGGAAUUUGAACCUUUGCCUUUUGUUUGGAGUUUGGAUGAUAUUGAUCGUUUUCUUUGUGGUACCGAGCUUCAUCAGACGGUGAAAGAAGAUAAAACUCUUAUCUAUGAGGACUGGAAAGAAAGCAUUCUUCCUCUUAUUCAUUCAACAGAGUUUUCACUAGAUGCAAAUUCUUUUGGUGUUGAAGAUUACUUUGCCGCUAAAAGUCUUGUAGCUUCUCGAUCCUUUCAGAUAGAUGAUUAUCAUGGCUGUGGAAUGGUUCCUUUGGCUGAUCUUUUUAAUCACAAGACUGGAGCUGAAGAUGUGCACUUUACAUUGGCACCAUCUCCUAGUGAAUCUGAUGAUGAAGGUGAGAGUGUGUCUGAUGAUGAGAAUGACAGAAAUAAUAAAUUUGAAACUGCUACUAAAGCAAAUGGUCCGUUGGAUGCUUUAGUUGUUUUAAGCCCUUCAAAAGGUACUGAUUUGGACUUUGAAGAAAAACCUGAUAAUCCUCCGGUUUUGGAAAUGAUUCUUGUGAAAGAUGUCAAAGUUGGUUCAGAGGUAUUCAACACUUAUGGGUUAAUGGGAAAUGCAGCAUUGCUGCAUAGAUAUGGAUUCACAGAAAUGGAUAAUCCUUAUGACAUUGUCAAUAUUGAUUUAAAAUUGGUGCUCCAAUGGAGUGCAUCCCUUUUUUCUAGUCGGCAUGGCAGAGCAAGACUAGCUUUGUGGAGAAAGCUAGGUUACUCUGGUUGCGAAAGCCAGAACGCAGAGUACUUUGAAAUUUCAUAUGAUGGGGAACCUCAAUUUGAAUUACUGAUUUUGCUUUACGUAAUUUUAUUGAAUGAAGAAACAUAUAUUAAGUUGGACUUCAGUGUUGCUUUUAAGGGAAAUUUCACGUCAAACAUGUCUAAGAACAGAAUUUUCGAAGGAGACAUUUCUGAAAUGAGUGGUGAAAUGUUGCUGACUAAAAGUGUGUGCAAGGCUCUACUAUUGCUUGCUGAUAUGAGAGAGCUUCUAUAUGGCACAAGCUCAUUGCAAGAUGAUAUGGAGAACUUGCAGAAAUGCGACUGUAAUUCAGAAAGGAAGUUAUACCAUUCAUUAGUACUUCGCAUUAGCGAAAGAAAGAUCAUACAAAGGCUGAGAAAUUAUGUUAAAGCAGGCAUUAGGUCACUGGACAAGGCACGUACGCUUUCAAGGAAGAGGUUGAAAUCAUAAUUUAAUCAUUUAUAUGCCGAAGAUUAAUGGCAUUAUUGUUAUCAUCUCGAGCUGCUUGCGCACGAGAAACCGUUUUUGAAUCAUCUGUUAGUUUUGAUAUCUGACGAGCUUUGAAUUCCAUGGGUUUGAUGCGAUACAUUGGCGGCCGAGUUCUUUGCGAUAGAGACAGCACUUACAAAAUCUGGAACUUUUAAUUUCUGUUAUCUCCCAAGUUCAAAUUGAUCCUGAUGUGUUUCAGUUCAGACGUCCAUUUUGCAAGAUAAUUGUGGGUGUGGGAUUAUUAAAUCACCUGUUUUCACUCGAUGGUUUUGGUAUUAUGCUGUUGUGACAAAAAGGUUGGAAGAGUAGUAGUUGUCUUCCAAAAGUUUCUUUAGUAGUAAGAAGUAAAGGUGAUCACAGCUUGAUGUCGAUAAAGCUCCAAAAUUGGUUCACACCGGUCAAAAGAGUGGGUCAUCAAGGGUCAAACAUUAUUUUGAAAAAAUAGGAGCCAGCUCGAAAUGUGAAUUUUUGAAUCAAAGUGUAAUCUUAACUCUGAUCCCAAAGUGGCCCAAAUUGAUUUUAUCCAACACUUUCUGAGUUUUAUUUCUCAAAAUAAGUAUAUUUCUAG